AUAUCAAGUGUGGAUUCAAGUCGCACUUUCGUACAUGGUAAAAGACGAAAGAACAAACGAAAUGUAUAUGACUCGCUGGUACGUUAUCAACGUGCCCAUCGCUUCGCAAAAAUAAUGAAACGAAGGAUUUAUCUACGCCGCAAGGCUGCAUGGGAACGAGAUGACCCAGAAGAGACGUUCAGCGUAGACUCUGCCAAUAGCGUAUGUGGGUCGGGCAAGGAAGAUCCAUCUGUAGAUUCAAUGAGUCAAGAAUCUGCCCACGGACAAGGCAACAACAAUGAACACGUUAAUGUUCAUACUGAAGCAUCUAGCUUCACCCCUCCCGUCCAAAAUGAACUUGUCAAUCAACAAAAUGUUGGGAAUAACCCGAACGCUGGUGGUCAACCCGACCUUGUGAUUCCAACUUUUCUGGCUAAUGUGUUACAACAUGUAACACCCCAACCCGCAUGACCCAAACCCGUGAGACAGCGGACCGGUGUGCCACUGAAUUGGUAUCCGAAUUUGCGAUAUUUUCAGAACAAUUUUAAACAAACGUUCUAUCAAUACAUAUAAAAAUCCAUCGGAGUAAUUUAAAAUAAUGCGGAAGCCUUUUUAAAGUCAAACAACUUGGGAUCUUGCCCGAAAACGUAAUAAGCAUUAAAGUUAAUUAAAUAAAGCAUAAUCAACAGAUUAAAGAGACAGCCACGCCAUCGUACAUCUCCUCCUCA